AUGGCUCAAGACGAACCACAAGCAUCCCACUACCCCUCCUUCCGGCGCAUCGUCACCGGCCACUCCCCCACCGGCGAAGCAAUCGUCGAAUCCGACAAACAACUCGUUCCGUAUGACCCCCUUUCGGAGACCCAAUCUCCCGCAACCGCCGAAUCAAUGCUUGCGUUUACAACCCUCUGGUCAAUGAACCUUUCGGCUUUCCCCAUCAACGCCAACGAGCAGUGUAUCAUGCAUCGUACGUUGACGGUGGACUUUGGCAUUUUGCUGGAUGGGGAGGUUGAGCUGGAACUGGACAACGGCGUCAGGACUAAAAUGAAGCAGCAUGAUCUGGUGGUGCAGCGGGGUACAAUCCAUGCGUGGCACAAUCCGGGCCCGGGCAAGGCGCGAAUGAUGUUCAUCCUGGUGGCUGCGCAGCCAUUGCAGUUUGGCGACAAGGUGCUGAAGCCUUCGGAAUUACCGAUAAACCCGGACGGUUCACUCUCUGAGACGUAA